GGAGGUGGCUCAUGGGGCUCGCGAGGAGGAGGUGGCUCAUGGGGCUCGCGAGGAGGAGGUGGCUCAUGGGGCUCGCGAGGAGGAGGUGGCUCAAGAGGGGGUUCAUCAGGUAGGCACAGGACAGGAUCAAGCCCGAUUGCGCAUGGAAGUUCACCAAGUGGGCACAUGACAGGAUCAAGCUCGGCUGGACAUGGAAGUUCAUCAGGUCAAGCUUCGCAUCAGCAAAAUAAAGAUUCGAGCACGUCGUUCAUACAGAGUGAAGGGGGAGGCGCUACUCGACCAUCUCAAACUAAUCCUAUACACACUUCCUUUGGUCCGCCGUCGGCACCGUUUGGCAACACAGGAACAUACACUGGAAGUCAAGCAGGAAAAAUAGGUUUCACGACGGACAACAAGCAAGCUUCUCCCCUUAAUAAUCCUAAUAAUCCCUCGGCACCGCCGAUAAGUCAUCAUUUAUCGAAAUCCACUGUGGUACCUUCGCAAAGCCAUGCCCCAACUUCCUUCGGCCAACCAAGUACGCCUUUCAACCCGUCGCAUGGAGCAGUACCUCCGAGUAUUCCUGCCUGGAGCAAUCCGAGUUACACUCAUCCGCCAGGCCCGGUCUCAACCAAUAUCGGAUUUAAGGAUCAUUUGCGACCCACGUCGAUGCCCGUUCCCUCCCAUGUCCCUUCCGCGCCUCAUCUGCAUAAUUCUUAUCCUCCUUCCAGUUUUAAUCAGCGUCCUCCACCUUAUCCCGUUCAACCGUCCGGUUAUCAACCUCACUCCACGAACAAUCCCAGCCAUCCUUUUCCUAGCCAACCAAUCGGACACCCCGCCAGUUAUCCGGCACACAUUCCACCGCCUAUGCCAGGCACGUUCGGCAAUCCUUACGCUACACACCCAGUUGGCAACGCGUACACAGGACAUAGCUAUCCUCAGCAGCAAUACAUGCUGGCACAGCCAGCCGCGCAACCGUACAUACCUGGACAAACGGUGAUCAUGGUGCCCGGUCAGCAAGACAACGGCAGAGGCUUCGGUCAGAUGGUGAAGGAGGCUCUUGUGUUCUCCACUAUCAACGCUGGCGUGAACAGGCUACUAAAUCCAUCUCCUCAUCACCAACACUUUGUAUCCGACAGCAGCAGACCAGCGAGCAGCAGUACUACGAGCGAAACGCAUAUUACUUAUAACAAUCAUUAUUUCAAUGGCGUUCCUACGGAUAACACACCCGCAAUACCGCCCUCACCGAGUCAGGGGAGUGUCAGCUAUUAUCCUGCCAGUUAUCCAAGUCCAGUGUCUAAUCCAGCUAUCACUCCGGGAGUAUCGAUCCCUACGAUCGUCGGGAACAACGGUAACGUCAUGAAUUCAACUGGUGGUUCUUCGACGAGCACAACCGUAGGAGCUCAUCGAGCUGUUGCUCCAAACGGACAUCCCUCCAAUACGAUGAACAAUCAAAGAAUGUCGGAUCAAUGGGCCAUGUCGCGAUACAGGAUAUCGGAUGAAGAAUUGCGAACGUUAACCGAAGAGUUGUUCGACAGCCAGGAAUUCGACACGUCCAAAUACUUGACGUUGGAUCUGCAAAGUCUAUCUAGAUCCCCGAAUGUCACUGAUGAAGCUAAAAACCCAUUAAUUUCCGUGCAACCAGAUAUGUACGAAUAUCCGCCAAUUUUGGCCAUUCGAGCACUCUAUGACAAUUACGAACAUAAUUCCACCGUGAAAGAGAACCGUACUAUCGCAGAGCGAAAGGAAGAAGACCUUCUGCUGGAUGUGUUUCUGAACACGAAUGUGAUGGAUAGAGCUAUGAAAUGGUUGUCGAUUCGAGGUUUCAUCGAUCCGGACGAUUUCGAGAGGAAAGACACUCUGCGGCAUAUUUGGUUCAGCCAAUUUGACAGCUCCACUUCAGGAUUCGAGCGUGUCUUCACGUCCGAAAGGUACGGUCACGACCUUCUCGGUGUGACGGACUGGAUUUACUUCGAAUAUCAGGAAUCCAAGAAUCGUAUCGAUUACAAGGGAUACGUCGACAUCUUAAAACUAGGAGAUAGCACCUCGUUAGUGAAGCUCAACUUCCAAAUGGAUGAUGUUAUCAGGCCGAAUGCGACGAUAUUCAUGGGUACGCUUCCAGAGCUUGAAAUGUCCCUGUACACAAUAUGCUUUUUCGCUAGACCCAACGAUUUGUGUCCUGUCUCUCUUGGUGGCAAGAAAUUCAAUAUUUACACACAUUCGUUUAGAUAUUACGGGAAAGACCUGAUAGAUCUCGCACUUCCCAUUUUCUAAUCUUAUUAUCGCAUAAAUAAAUGUUGCAACAUGUGAAAGUAUUGAGUGUAAUAUACGUGAGUGUAAUUUUAGUAAGAAUUCUGAUUAAAUAUAUCUGAAAAAUUA